AUGGUAUAUGUAGUAGGAGCAGCAGCAGUUAUACAGGAUUUACCACAUCCUUGCAUGUCUGUAUUUGCUGCUAUGCUAUCUAAGGCUGCUGCUGCUUGUCCGCGCAGCAGCAGCAGCAGCAGCAGCUGCGCGUCUCGUUGCGCUGGCUGCUCUAGUAAGAUACCCCAGCGCGUAGUGUCUGCUGCUCUGCAGCAGCUGCGUCACCAUAACAUGUUGCUGCAGCAGCUACAUGACCGUGAGGCACAGUUACAAUUACAGCAGCAACUGCAGCAGCAGCAGCAGCAGCAGCAGCAGCACGGGGUAGACGAGCAGCAAGACUGGGAACAAGAGAAGCCCCUAUUUAGUAGACCAGAGGUUAUAUGCGGACUAAAGACACCUGAUGAUUGUUGUCUCUUUUCUCCUGUCCCUUUUCAUUAUAAAAAGGAGACAGCAGCAGCAGCAGCAGCAGCAGCAGCAAUAGCAACAGCAGCAGGGGCAGCAGCAGCAGCAAACCCUCAACAAGAUAAUAAGGAUAUAACAGUUAACCCUCAACUGCAACCUAUGCCACUACUUGCACAAAGUGUUGACUUCUACCGGUUAUUUACUGGUGAUUUAUAUACAAUGGGUAGGGUAGCAGCAGCGCAUGCAUUAUCUGAUCUUUAUGCAUGCGGGGCUGAGCCUCUUACUGCCUUAGCUGUAUUCCUUAUGCAAAGGGCACCACCUGAUCUACAAGCAAACAAUUUGCUGCAGGUCCUAUGUGGGGCUAGCAGCGUAUUUGCUGCUGAGGGCUGCGAGCUAAGCGGAGGGCAUUCAGCCUCAGGCAAUGGGCCAACAGCAGCAGGAUUCUGUGUAACAGGGAGAAUCUUUUAUCCUGCUGCACCUACUGCAGCAGCAGCAGCAGCAGCAGCAGCAGCAGCAGGAGGCAAAGGAGAACAAGGCACCGACCAACAGCAGCAGCAGCAGCACGUAGUGUCUCCGGGUAGACCAUUAGACCCUGGCUUCCUGCUGCGCAAGGGCAGCAGCAGCGUAAGAGAAGGAUGCGUGCUGCUGCUUACUAAGGGUAUAGGUACUGGUGUUAUAUUUGCUGCGCAUGCAAAGUGCAGAGCCAAGGGAGGGUGGGUAGAAGCUGCGCUGCAGCAGAUGCAGCAAACCAACAGAGCAGCAAUGCGUGCGUUAAUACAGCACGGCGCAACUGCAUGCACCGACGUGACAGAAGUAUUGGAUACAUCUAACAAGGUGUUGGCUAAGGAGAGUCGUCUAGCAGCAGCAGCAGCAGCAGAAGCAGGUGGAGACGAGGCAGCAGCAGCAGAAGCAGCAGCAGCAGCAGCAGCAGCAGCAGCACCAUUAGUUGGUGCACGUGUAUGGCUAAAUAGAAUACCUUUGCUGCCUGGUGCAGCAGAACUAACACAAAGGGGGCUGCAUGCAUCCUUAUUUGUAGAGAAUGCUGCUGCCUCUGUGCGUCGUCUCCAUGUCUGCUCAGCAGCAGCAGCAGCAGCAGCAGCAGCAGCAGCAGAUGCAGCAGCAGCAGCAGAGGCACCUCUACCAUCACUACAUACAGGAAAUACUAGGGGACUGUCUCCUCAUGAGCAGCAACUAGGGGACGAGAGGAAGCUGCUGCAGUUGCUGCAGGAGCAGCUAAGGGGUACCUGCUGCUGCAGGCCCCCUGAGGCAGAUAAUAACACCACACAGCAGCAGCAGCAGCAGCAGCAGCAACAACAACAAUGUGGUAGACAGUGUACAGCAACCGUGCAAAGGAGCUGCAGCAAUAGCUGCAGCAGCAGCAGCAGCAGCGACAGUUAUGAGCGCAGCUGCUGCUGCAGCAGCCCAUGCACAGAUCCUUCCUUAGUCUUCCCCCUGCUGUUCGAUCCCCAGACUAGCGGAGGUUUACUUGCUGCUGUUCCUGCUGCUGCUGCUGCUUCCUGUCUUGCUGCGCUGCGCCAGCAUACUGCAGCUGCUGCUAUUGGAGACAUUGUCUCGCUUCCUCCUCCUCCUGAUACAGCGGCAGCAGCAGCAGCAGCAGCAGCAGCAGCAGCAAAAGGAGGCCUAACAAGAGCUAAGCCUAUAAUGAUUAUUGCCGAUGCUGCACCGGAGAAGGCAAGCAGCACCUGCAUGUAG